GUCGGAAGGUUGUGUAUUUGUGUGUGUGUGUGUCAAAUGUGUUGUUGAUGCGGAGACUCAAUCGGCAAAAAUCUGACAGUAGGAACGGGGUCAGCGGUGAAGAAGAAGGACGUAUCGCAGUCGCAUUGUCGGCUAGUCCUCCUGGUAACUCCCAUGUUUGUCUGCGGGGUGGGUCAAACCCAAAAAAUCCGUCAUCUUACAAUGGGCUGUGGGAAAUCGGCUCAACUCAGAGAAUCUUCUUGCAGCUGUUUAGAGAGACGGGGAUAGGAACAAGACGCCGAGUUGAACCAAUGAGGGUGGCCUGCUCGCUUUUGUCCUCUGUUUUCGGCCCGGUGUCUUGCAGCCAAACCGUGCACAGUGCGUAAAUGCGCUCGGAGCAGGCAGCCCUGCGAAGAGCACAAAUGUUGAAAUUCAGUCUUUUUCUGACACUGUGGUAGGGAAUCGAUUUCUUCAUAGUUCCGCUGAGCGGAUGGAGUGAAUUGUGCAGACGGGGAAAGAGACAGACCGCAGUUUGGUUGCGUGUGAUGAUAGGAGACACAAUGACGCUUUUGUCUCUUUUGGGUCGGAUCAUGCGUUAUUUUCUCCUCAGGCCGGAGACUUUGUUUCUGUUAUGCAUAAGCCUGGCGCUGUGGAGUUAUUUCUUCCACACGGACGAAGUGAAAACCAUUGUCAAGUCCAGCCGGGAUGCCGUGAAGAUGGUGAAGGGGAAAGUGGCGGAGAUGAUGCAGAAUGACCGGCUGGGAGGCCUCAGUGUCCUGGAUGCCGAGUUCUCCAAAACCUGGGAGUUCAAGAACAACAACGUAGCCGUGUACUCCAUACAAGGGAGGAGAGACCACAUGGAGGACCGCUUCGAGGUGCUCACCGACAUCACCAACAAGAGCCACCCGUCCAUAUUCGGGAUAUUUGAUGGUCACGGUGGCGAGGCUGCAGCUGACUAUGUGAAGGCCCACCUGCCCGAGUCCCUGAAGCAGCAGCUGCAGGCCUUUGAGAGAGAGAAAAAAGAGAGCGCUCUCUCAUACGCCAGUAUCCUCGAGCAGCGCAUCCUGGCUGUGGAUCGUGAGAUGCUGGACAAGCUCUCUGCAAAUCAUGAUGAAGCAGGAACCACAUGCCUGAUAGCACUGCUGUCAGACAGAGAGCUCACGGUGGCCAAUGUCGGAGACUCACGUGGUGUGUUGUGUGACAAAGAUGGGAACGCUGUUGCCCUAUCUCAUGACCACAAGCCGUAUCAGCUUAAAGAGCGCAAGAGGAUCAAGAGGGCAGGAGGUUUCAUCAGUUUUAAUGGAUCAUGGAGAGUCCAGGGAAUCCUCGCUAUGUCUCGCUCCCUAGGGGAUUACCCACUGAAAAACCUCAAUGUAGUAAUUCCCGACCCCGACAUAAUGACCUUUGACCUAGACAAACUGCAGCCAGAGUUCAUGAUCCUGGCCUCUGACGGCCUGUGGGACGCCUUCAGUAACGAGGAGGCAGUGCGGUUUGUCCGCGAGCGUCUGGAUGAGCCUCACUUUGGUGCCAAGAGCAUCGUCCUACAGUCUUUCUAUCGUGGCUGCCCCGACAACAUUACCGUCAUGGUAGUGAAGUUUAAAAGUGGAGCAGGGGGGAACAGCAAGGCGGGGGAGUAGGUGAGGCUCACGUUUAAAGCUCACAUUGUGAUCAGUAUAUUUUUUCCCAUCUUCUGGAUGUGUCAGUAAAUGCAUCAUCUCAGAAGGACUGGGAGAAGGAUGGACAUUGAGAAUUGUACUUUUAACAACUGCACACACAUGCAAGAGAAAUGUACACACACACACAUGCAGUGAUAUAUGAAAAUGAAGUUCAAUUUGAUUUGAUUUGUUUGAAAAAAGGGCAUUCAAACACAAUACAGUUCACAACCAUCUACUAAAUGAUUAAUAAUACAGUACCAAGGCUACCAGACACAGGGAGGUUUUCUCUUAACCAGCACACAUUAGACUGUGACUGCUUCACUACUGUUUACUGUACAUGCACACAAAUAGUCCAGCUCCACUGGAGGCUUCUUCAGAGGAGGCUUCAACUAGUGCCUACACAAGAGUUACUGUGCAACUGCAGGAAGUUGCUGAAAAUGCAACUGCAAAAACACCACCCAGCUUGCUGCAUUUUGACGGUUCUCUAAAGUGUUGUAUGCAUCUGUUUGUUGAAUAUAAGAAGACUCCAGUGGAUCUAUACCUCUGUCUAACUUAUGGUGAUGAGACACCCAAAUCUAACUCUUAAGAAUGAAACACUCACGUCAUGGCUUGAGGAAUGACUGUUAAAGCUUUAGGAGUUUUAUUCAUGUGCAUUUAUUUCAAAUCCAGGCCAGAUAGAGCAGAUUCUAAAACUGAGCAGUCAGAUAAAUGGAAUAAGGUAGAAGGUAAGCACUGACAGGAUGUUUAUGGCCCUAUGAGCUUAAAUUUUUUUAGGUGGUACAUGUUUUAAACAUCUUUGAAUUAAGGAAAACUUUUUUAAAGUAAUGUUUGAUGUCUACUUUGGAGUAAUUUGUAAUGAAUUGUCCAAAUACAAGCUAAAGAAGUUUUUUUUUUUUUAAAUGGAUAUAUAGCAUAGCAGAUUUUUUUACUCAAAUUAAAAUGGGCAUAAAGAGGAUCUGUCUGUACAUAAUUUUUCAAAAUAUUUGUCUUAUUGCUUUAGAAAAUAAAAGAUUCAGUUCAGCUUCUUCUCCUUGAGGAGCUCCAACAGAGGGCCCUCUGCAGCUAUUUAACAUUACUGCUGGUUCCCAGACCGGUUCCCAGCUUAGUCCCACAGGCUUGUUUCAGAGGUGAUCCUCAUUUAAUUUUUCUUUCAGUCUGGGUCUUCUCUUAAUCCUUAAUCUCUCAGUCAACAUUACCCUGGAAGCUGAAAUGAAAGUCAUUUUUCAAGUCUGUAGAAGGCGUGUGAUACUCAAAAGUGAAAUUUGGGGGUGGAAUGCAACUUUAACUGCAACACAAACAUACACCACAUCAGCCACAACCUUAUAACUGCCUACCAAAUAAUGUGUGGAUUGUCCUUAUCAAAACAGCUCUGAUCCAUUACAGCAUAGACACUGGAAUUCUAGGAGGUUCCUUUGUGUGUGUGUGGGACCAGGAUGUUGAUAAAGGAUGCUUUGGAUCAUGUGGGUUGCAGGGUAAUGAAAAGGGAAUUUUCACAAAAAAGCUAAUUUUUUUUUUUUUUUUUUGUGGUACAGCAGAAUGCACUGCAUUGUUGUAGGUGGGUAAGAUGUGUUAAAGUAAAUUAAUUAUGAAUACAGUGUCUUAAGUUUUCCCAGAAAAAACUAACAAGCAUUGCACUGUAAUGAGAUCAUCAAUGGUAUUUGCGCCACUUGUGAGUGGUUUUAAUGUUGUGGCACAUACACAUAUCUCCACACAAAUACACGGUUCUGAAAAAAAAUGCACUUUUCAAAUGUUUAUUUUUUAUUGAAUGGUAAAUUCUUACAUAUCAGCCAACAUAAACACUGUUUACCCUCAGUAAUGCAAGAGGGUUUUAUUCUGUGUUGAGUCUGACACUCACCUCUUUGCAAGUCUGCAGUGCUAGUGUGAAGUGUUCCAUCAAAGUGGAUUUACACUGUCUGUAUCAGGGCAUGUGCUUCAGCUUACCCGUGUUCAUGAACAAAUUACCUAACAGCGUGUAACAAUGGACACAGGUGGCUGCCUUUGACCUGCGAAGCACAUGAAGCAGGAAGUGCAACGAACACAUCUCGACCGUGAAAGACUGACUCAAAAGAUGUCUCAUCACAAACUGUAAAGCUGCAGUCAGAAUGCUUGUAAUUAGAAAUACGAUAUGCUCCUGAAGCAAUACAACUGGUGUCAAUGACAGCAGCAGUCUGUCAACAAAAGUUACAGUAAACCAUACUUGAUUUACUGCUGUUUUAAAUUCACCUUUUACCACUGUGUAUCAUGACUUUUCAUCAGUUGAAAUAGACGAGUUUUUCUUUUCUUUUUGUAAUUUAACAGUUUACCUAAUGCCUUAUUUAUUGUUCAGUUUUUUUGGGAUGUCUCAGGCAGAUUGCCAAAUCAGUGUAAUGUAUUUUCAUUUUUUUUGUCCUUCUGUACAUGAGCAGAAGUUUACAAUAAAACAAAUACCCAUGACUUUAACGUGAGAAAGCUCAAAGUAUUAAACUCUUUCAUCUGAAA